GGCCAAAACGCGUCGUUUUGACGUAAAAAAAAAAUAAAUAAAUAAAACCGGCUACUGUUCGCGUCAGUAAGCCAGCCAAUAGGCGCGCGACACGUGGCGUACUGCAGGAGCUUGGCCAAUGAAAAAAUUAGCCGUUUUACAACGGUAAUAUUGUUUGUAAUGCAUUUUCUGAAAAAUAUUUUUGGUAAAAAAAAAAAAAAAAAUUUACCAACGGUCAUAAAAUUAAAUUCUCUAUAAAUAGACAUGCAUUUUUAUAUAUUUUCGAAAUCACUUAAAAUCCUCCACUUUUUUAUUUUCUUAAGCAUUUUAAAUUUGUUGAAGAGCAUUUUUGUUGCAACACACCCAUAUUGAGAAUCUUUUAAUGGAUCCAAACAACCCAAAUUUCCGCCAACAAUUUUCUGGUUUUAGUGAUGAUUUGCUAACUAAUCCCGAGUUUCAAUUGUUCUUGCAAAGAAUGGGCAAUACGUCUUUGCAACCAUCUCCACAGUAUCAGACACCCACUCAGUUUCCCCUACGAAACCAUUUUAUUGAAGAAUGUACACCUGAAACUGUACAUGAUAGCAACACACAAUUCAAUGAGAGCGAAGAGGACAGCGUACCAGAGACGCCGCAAUAUCCUCCACCAGUUCCCGAACUGAAAUCCAACCAGGUUGUUGCACGAGCGACUCGAAUUUGGUCAGUUGCGGAAGAUGAAACUCUGAUUGGGUUGUACUUGGAGAUCAGCGAGAAUGCUAUUAAAGGCACGAGCCAGAAAGCAACUUCCCUUUGGCGCGAUGUACACGCAGCAUAUCAACUUGCUCAUGCGGAGAAGCCGCAUAUACUUCCACCAAGACCUAUGAAGAGUCUGACGUCGCACUGGAGAAGGUUGGCAGCAGACACACUACAGUGGAUAUCUUGCUAUGAUGAAGCAGGUAGACUUCCGGAGGGAGGGAGUGGUUACAACGAAGCUGACCGUAUAAAAAGUGCGUCGAAGCUUUUCCAUCUCGCCCAAGGUCGUAAUUUCGCUUUUCCUCACGCUGUUGAAAUGCUUAAUAGAGAUCCAAAGUGGAGGCCAAAGCUGAGAUGGUCCUUGUCAAAGGAGGAAAGAAAAGCUGUUCGUGAUGUUGAGGAGCAAGGUAGUGCUGGAAGUGGGAAGAGGUCCAGAGAUGAUGGAGGGGAUGAAACCCCUACGGAUGGUUUUUCAUCUGGAGGAAUACAACGACCCGAAGGUGUGAAGAAAGCAAAGGCCAAGCGUAAAGGGAAAGAAGUAGCUUCGGACAGUGGUUCGUCUGAGCUUAGCGAACGAAUGAAGGAAUUGGCAACAAUUCGCGAGAGGGAGGCCAUUCUGAAGGAAGAGCGGAUCAAAAUUGAAAGGGAGAAGGAACAGAGGAAAAGGGAGGAACUUGACAUUCAUAAGAUGAAAACCUGGUUUGAUAUGGUGCAAGCUAUGAAGAAUUCGCCUACGCCACUCACUCCUGAAGAAGAGUCGUACAAGAAUUUCUUCCUGAACUUGACAUGCGCAAUGUAGUCUUUUAUGUUUAACAUGUAUUAGUGGUGUGUUUAAUUUCACUGUCAUAUGUAAACUUGUAUUCUGAUUUUCCAAUAUUGAAUGACAAGUUGUUUAACAAGUUGAUUUCAGUUGUCA